ACCGGAAGUGUGCGCUGCGGAGGCGGGUCCCCAGCGAGCCGGCGCCGGAAGUGGCCGGUGGCUGACGGAGCUGCGGCCUGGUCAUGGCGGCGGUUCCCCCCGACACCUGGCAGCCGCCCACCGUGUACUUGGAGACCAGCAUGGGGAUCAUUGUGCUGGAACUCUACUGGAAACACGCCCCGAAGACCUGCAAGAACUUUGCCGAGCUGGCGCGCCGAGGCUACUACAAUGGCACCAAGUUCCACAGAAUCAUCAAGGACUUCAUGAUCCAGGGAGGGGACCCAACAGGGACAGGCCGGGGAGGCGCAUCUAUCUACGGCAAACAGUUUGAGGAUGAGCUCCACCCAGACCUGAAGUUCACCGGAGCUGGAAUUCUCGCCAUGGCCAAUGCAGGCCCAGAUACCAAUGGCAGCCAGUUCUUUGUGACCCUUGCCCCCACCCAGUGGCUCGAUGGCAAACACACUAUCUUUGGCCGAGUGUGCCAGGGUAUAGGAAUGGUGAAUCGAGUGGGCAUGGUGGAGACAAACUCCCAGGACCGGCCUGUGGACGACGUGAAGAUCAUUAAGGCCUACCCCUCCGGAUAGCCUUGCGACUCCUUGUGGGCACCCCCAGAGCCACAAGGCGGCCCCAGCAGCCGCUUCCAGGGGCCCAGAGGACCUGUAACUCUGAACUCCGUUUUGGCCAGGCAUCUGGAGCUAUGCAAGCCUCGGGUUUGGGGUGAGUUAGUGAAGGAGGCGACUUUAUGGCACACUUCCCUUCUCCGGGGGCUCUGGCUGACAGGACAUUUGCAGAAAUGCUGUGUUUAUCCACUGCCUCCUGCUCGCCACUGCAGCCUCGCAGUUCUCCAUCUCCUUCAUCUUCCUGCCGCGUCUGCGCUGACACACUUGGAACAAAAUGAAGCUGGCUGGGUCAGAUUACAGUUCUCAACAAACUUGUUCCUGGGAGAUUUAUAUUCUGGCCCGCACUGCAGUCUGGUGGCUGACUGCCGCCGAAUUCCAAAGCAAGUUGUGUGUCAGGCUUCUGAACUGUGCACCCCUGUUUCAAGUCCCUUGUUGGUUUUCCCAGGGACCAUGUGUUUCUUCCUAAGGCCCUACCAGCACUGCUGUUGUCCACACUCAAGCAGCCCACGCGACGCUACCCUGAAACAUGGGAAGGUGUCAAGUGGGGGCGCUGACGUGUGGUGAUGGGGAUGGGUGAGAGGAAGUCUCUCCCUUCCCAAGGGAGGCACUGCUUAGGCGUUUUAACCAAGAGUGGGGAAAUUGGAGGGUUUUAUACAUUACUUUUUAUAUCUAUUUCUGGAUUUAGGGACUAUAGAAGUGAAGAAGUUAAUGUCUAUGUAAUACAUAGAAACUUCCAAAAUAAAAUGCCAUUAAUGAUUGAAAUUA